GCUGUUCCGAUAUAAAAGGAAACACUUUAAAAUUCAAAUUAUUUUUGAUCAAGUUGGCUAUGCUUUCGAUUGUCAUAAUAUUUCGUUCCGCCGGAAUAUUUAGUUCACUUGCGUUUCACUACUUGACUGAGAAACAAGCUCCAGAGCACAACCUAAUUCAGAAAUGAUGGAGAAUUCGGACGCGGAAGCAGAGUCAACUGGAAACGACGAGAUCUUGACGACAGGGGAUCCCGAGCAGCCAAUUGGAUCGGAGGAGGGUUCGCAGUCCUCAGAUUCCGAGGAAGAAUUCCAGCGCCUCGAGGAGCAUAUAAAGGCCAUGGAAAGGAGGAUUGCCCAGGACAGGGAAAAGAGAAGGAAUUUAUUCAUUCGCUUUAUGAAUUUAUUCCUCGAUAUACUAGAAGCGAUAUAGUAUUUGCGAUUUCUGUUAACCUAUUCCCAAACUAACAAUGUAUUAUCAAAUGGUAUAAGUGUUGACGCAUAAAUAUAUUAUGACCAUCCCUGAAAUGGAGCGUUAAUUAGAACAUUUUCUCUUUUG